CUAGCUUCUGUGAAACCAAAGCAACUUCCUCUUUGGCGUCUCUGUAUAUCAGUCCGCCUCAUCCCUGGCUUCUUGCGAAGGAAGCAAACAGAUCGACAGCGGCAAAAAGGAGGAGAAAGCAGCGGCGAUGGGCUUGAAGGAGGAGUUCCAAGAACAUGCCGAAAAAGCCAGGACUUUGCCUAAUACUACUACUAAUGAGAGUUUGCUGAUCAUCUAUGGCCUCUACAAGCAAGCAACGGUUGGACCAAUUAAUACUAGUCGCCCUGGAAUAUUCAACCAAAGGGACAGAGCAAAGUGGGAUGCCUGGAAGGCAGUUGAAAGCAAAUCCCAGGAGGAAGCUAUGAGCGACUACAUCGCCAAGAUCAAGCAAUUGCUGGAAGAGGCUGCAGCAGCCGAAUAAAACUCUGUUUGAGUGGUAUCAUCUGCUGCCGUAGUGAUUGGUAAUCUUAUUAGCCUUCCCUUGCAUCCACCAAAUAAGUAGUGUUUAGUGUUGUUUCUCUUUUGUAACCUGGCUUGGAGCUCACAAUCUGUUUCUGAACUCUGUUGCAAACCUGGUAUUGUUUACAAUUCAAUGCAAACUUUCAAUAUGAUUGGUGA